GAUGAUUCGAUGAACCACCAUUUAGACAAAUUCGAUCUUUCACAUAGCAAAACCCAAAACCCAAAACCCAAAACCCCUGUGCACUCUUCUUCCUCGCUCAGCACGUUCCCGUUUUCCCUCUCAAUCAUAUUACUAAGUUGAGUCGCAACAAAGGAGAUGAGUGCCCCUGAACAUCUUCCUCAAGUAGACCUUGAUGAUGAUGAUAAAAAAGAAAUCAAGAAUCUCCAAAUGGGCAUUUCUGAAACCCGGCAAGAUUCAGACUGUCACGCCAUCAACGACACCUUUCGGCAAACGAUUGCGGAUAAUCUUGAAGGUGCCGCUUCUGAAAUAGGCAACGGUAAUAACGGGGCUUCAAAGGAGAAGAAAAGGAACAAGCCAAGCCGAAAGGGCAGAGCUGCCGUUGUUGAGGAGGUCCGGCAAGACUGCGGCAAGUUGACGAAAGAAGAUAAGAAGGGUUUUUACUCUAGGAAGGAGUUGGAGGCUAUGAGGUUUGUGAGUCUAGAAGAGCAGAAGAAGAAAUGGAUCGAGGUGUACUGUGGCCUAGGGGCCGAUGUGCAGAAGGAGUAUGAUGGCCUCCUUCGCUCCAUUCAUCAGAAGCAGCCUCUCGUGGACUUCGAUCCUCGGAGAAAGUCCGGGAAGGCCCGCCAUGUCUCAUUUGGUGAUGAUAGUAAUUCAUUACUCUUGGAGGGUCAGAAUCCUGCUUUGGGUUGUGCCACGAGCAGUGAAAAUGAUGACUCGAUUGUGGAAAGAGAAGGCAGUGACUAUGAUGAUAGUGAUGAGGAUUAUAGUAGCAUCCGGAAGCCUGCCUUUUUUGUUACAGGAGAACCCAAUUUUGAUUCUGUUCAUCCUGAAGACGGAUUAGAAUAUCUCAGGCGUGUAAGGUGGGAAGCAGAACGUUUGCCAAAUGUGAAGGUUGCCAAGGUUGAAAGAAGUAAAGUAAACAAAGAACAGAGUGUUUAUAUGCCCCAAAUUCCCGAUAUUGCAACUUGCCCAGAGCACUUGCUACCCCUUAAAGAGUGGGAGGAUGAGUUCCUUGCUGAUUUCUCAAAGUUGAGACAGGCUUUAUCACAACUAGAGAGUUCUGGCAUUCAAAUUUCUAGUCAACCACCCCUAGUUUCUAUUGUUCACCAGGAACAGUCGUCACAUCAACUCAGCAACAGCAUCAUUCUUGAGGAUUUUGAUAGCUUAACAUCUGGAGACGAUUGUAGCCAAUCUGAUGCGGGUGAUGAGUACACUCCCGAAAAUUCCUGCCCUACACUGUCAGUUAUUUCAGGGAUGGAACCAGUGACUCGAGUAUCAUUGCUUAGAAAGCGGAUAACCGCCCUGGAAAGCACAGACGCACUUUCACGGGAUGACUGCUUGUGGCUAUUUGCUUUAUGUGCAGCGGUUGAUUCUCCACUCGAUGCUGACACCUCCGCAUCGCUUAGAUCUUUACUCAGAAAAUGCGCAAGCUUGCGAGCUGAAAAAACAAGCGUGAAUGAUGAAGUUAUUAUGCUCAAUGUUUUGGCAACAAUAUCUGGUAGAUACUUUGGGCAGGCUGGAAACUGAGUCUGUUGGCACUUGGAAAACAUUUGACUUGUUUAACAUGUGCAAUUUUCUUUCUCAGUCCUGCCAAGUUUACAUGCAAUAGUUGUGUUAUUUUCUAGCCAAACACGGUCUUUCUGGUGUUCAGAUUUUAGCAAAGUUCACAGCUGAAUG